GAGGUACUGUCGGGGGAUAUUUUUUGGCUGGUAGGAACAUGAUAUGGUGGCCGAUCGGUGCCUCUCUCUUUGCCAGCAACAUUGGCAGUGGGCACUUCGUGGGAUUGGCAGGCACUGGUGCAGCUAAUGGCCUGGCCGUGGCAGGAUUUGAGUGGAAUGCUCUCUUCAUUGUUCUCCUGCUUGGAUGGCUCUUUGUCCCUGUCUAUCUCACAGCUGGGGUCAUCACAAUGCCACAGUACCUGAAGAAGCGCUUUGGAGGUCGGCGAAUCCGUCUCUACCUCUCUGUCCUCUCUCUUUUCAUGUAUAUCUUCACCAAAAUUUCAGUAGACAUGUUCUCUGGUGCUGUGUUCAUCCAACAAGCUUUGGGAUGGAAUAUUUAUGUGGCUGUCAUUGCCCUCCUGAUCAUAACCACCAUUUACACAGUGACAGGUGGAUUGGCUGCCCUCAUGUACACAGACACAGUCCAGACAUUUGUCAUGAUCAGUGGAGCCUUUGUUCUCAUGGGAUUUGCCUUUAAUGAGGUGGGAGGCUAUCAAGGUGUGUUUGACAAAUACAUGAAGGCUCUUCCCAGGCAGACACUGUCUCCCACUCCUGACUUGUACAACAUCUCAGCCUCUUGUUAUCUGCCCCGGGAGGACUCUUUCCACAUGAUCAGAGAUGCUGUGACUAGUGACAUGCCUUGGCCGGCUGUUAUCCUUGGUCUUUCCAUCAACUCUAUCUGGUACUGGUGCAGUGAUCAGGUCAUAGUGCAGAGGUGCCUGGCUGGCAAGAACCUGACCCAUGUCAAAGCGGGCUGCAUCCUUUGUGGAUACCUGAAGCUGCUGCCCAUGUUUCUCAUGGUUAUGCCUGGCAUGAUCAGCCGGAUCCUGUACCCAGAUGAAGUGGCCUGUAUCAUCCCAGAGGAAUGUAGACAAAUAUGUGGCACAGAUGUUGGGUGUUCCAAUAUUGCCUACCCAAAACUGGUGGUGACUCUCAUGCCAAAUGGACUCCGGGGUCUCAUGCUGGCUGUGAUGCUGGCCGCAUUGAUGAGUUCACUGGCUUCCAUCUUCAACAGUAGUGGAACUCUCUUCACCAUGGACAUCUACAACCGCCUGAGGCCUCUAGCCUGUGACAAGGAGCUGUUGAUAGUGGGCAGGGUGUGGAUCUUGCUACUUGUGGGAAUCAGUAUUGCAUGGAUCCCAGUAGUUCAAGCUGCCCAGGGUGGUCAACUUUUUGAUUACAUACAAUCCAUCAGUAGUUAUCUGGCCCCACCUAUUGCUGCCAUCUUUCUCCUUGGAGUCUUUGUCAAAAGGGUCAAUGAGCAGGGCGCAUUUUGGGGAAUGGUGGCAGGACUGGCCAUCGGCAUGGCUCGGAUGAUCCCAGAAUUCUUUUAUGGCACAGGGAGUUGCCUUUUCCCCAGCUCCUGCCCCCGUCUGAUUUGUGGCAUCCACUAUCUCUAUUUCUCCGUCAUCCUCUUCUCUGCCACGGCUGUCAUCACAAUGGGUGUCUCUCUCUGCACCCCACCUAUCCAUGAUAAACAUCUGCAUCGCCUGGUGUUCAGCCUCAGGCACAGUAAGGAGGAGCGGAUAGACCUCGACACGGAGGAAGAGGAUGAAGCUAAACUAAAGGAGGCUGCGCAUCAACACCAGCAGGAACAGACAGAGAUGGAACAAGCCAAGAAUGGAAGGCUGGAGCAUAUGCUGGAAGUGGAAGAUGAGAAGGUAGCACCCUCUUUUGGCAGAUUGCGUCAGUGCUUGAGCUGGUUCUGCGGGAUGGGGACAAACAACCAAGAGCAGACAGAACCAAGCCCAGAGGCCAAAGCUGAAGAGCUGAGACGCCUGACGGACAUCACAGAGCACCCAGUCUGGAGGCGUGUGGUCAACAUCAAUGCUCUCAUCAUGAUGGCUCUCGCAACCUUCUUGUGGGGCUAUUAUGCUUGAGUGCCAUCCAAUGUGGCACCUCACCAUAAACUCUGAUCCCUACCAACCGCCUGGGUAUAUCACACAGACUUCAGCUUCCAAGGAACAAUGGAAGCACCACCAUAAACUGUAAGGGUGAGUGAGGUGUAGUGGUUUGAGUGCUGGGCUUGCAAGAUUCAGGUUCAAGUCUCCACUCAGCCACAAAACCCACUGGGUGACAUUGGGUCAGUUACUCAUAUUAAAACUGACCUACCUCACAGUGUUGUUGUUACAAUUAAAACGGAGAAGAGUGCCAUGCACUUGAGGUUAUUGGAGGAGACACAGGAAAAUAAAAAAUAAAGGCAAUGAAUACAGCCAAUAACACUGUACAAUAAAAACUGGAACUAAA